AUGUAUAUGCAGCAGCACAGCUAUUCCGGCCGAGCAUGGCGCACUGACAGCACGAGGACGGUUGGCGUGCAGCGCCCCUCUUCUGCUGCCUGCCUCACGCCAAGCCGCGCGCGGCCAACGCAGCUCGCAGCGGCAGCCCGUGAGGAGGCAUCCGCUGCCCCUGCCGACCACCACGCUGCGGCCGCCGCGGCCACAGCGGCGACCCGCCGCCAGUCGCUCGCGGCGGCCGCAGCGGCUGCAGCGGCCCUGGCUUGGCCGGCUGCUGGCGUGUAUGCCGCGGAGGAGCAGGGCAGCAGCAGCAGCAGCGGGGAGCCAGACCUGACGAUCACUGACAGGGUGUACCUCGAUUUUGCGGUGGCAGACUCCGCCUUCAAGGCGCCCGGGGACCGCACCCUGGGGGACCGCACCAUCAUUCCCGCGCCCACCACGCAGCUGGGGCGCCUGGAGAUUGGCCUCUAUGGUAACAUUGCGCCCGCCACGGUGCGCAACCUGCUGCAGACCGUGCGCAGCGGCGCGCUCAACGGCACAGUCAUCAGCAGGAUCAGCCCUGGAGAGUACAUCCAGGCGGGGCGGCAGGGCAGCCGGCGGCUGGGAGAGGUCGAGGGAGUGCCCAACCUGCAGCCCAACAGCGACAUCUCGUCGCCGGCUGGCUUCAAGCUGACGCACAGCCGCCCUGGCACCGUUAGCCUCAGCAUAUCCUCGGACAAUGACGAGGACCCCGCGACAAAGGACAGGCCCAACUACAGGUGCUCCCUGGGGCUUGUGGCGGUGGCCGCGUCUGGGCCCCUGGAGUUCCUCGUCACCACGGGCCCCGGCCCCGUGCCGCGCCUGGACGGGCUCAACCUCGUGUUUGGCCGCGUUACCUCGGGGCUCACAACGGUGGCCGCGGUGGCUGCAGUGCCUUCGUUCCAGCCGGACCCCCGGUCCCAGCAGCUCAACGCCUUCGCCAAAUUCAUUGGCGACGACAGAGCUGACAAGGUCGGAGUUUGGAUUGGGGCCUGA